CAUUGUCCGAACUGUGUCGAAUUGCGAGGGACUUAGGCUUCGACUAGCAGUGGCCACACCAUCCUCCAGCCGUUCGGUUCUAGGGUUACAUCUAUCUAUCUUUCAACAAUGGCCUCCACAAGUUAUGCUUCAAAGAGUCCCCGGUAUCGUUGUUUGCAAUUGCACCGUCUUCAUCGUUGCUUUUUCUCGGCCAACUGCAAUUCCUCUUCCGCUUUCCCUCUUGGCACCGGUUACACUUGUCCACAACGAGACGCACGAGAUUUCGAACUUGAAGAUGAUGCCGUCCCCAUCUCUGGAACCAGCAGACCUCUUUCCCACAUUCUCAAAGAGUUGAAUAAGAGAGUACCGGAAACCCUCCUCAAACACCGUCCAGAACCAGCUGGCUCCUCCGUCAAAUAUAUGCCAUGGCAUAUAGUGAAUCGAAUUAUGAACUUGCACGCUCCAGAAUGGUCUGGUGAGGUUAGAAGCAUCACUUACUCAGCUGAUGGGAAAACUGUAUCUGUUGUGUAUCGUGUAACACUUUAUGGGACUGAUGCAGAGAUAUUCCGGGAAUCAUCAGGCAGUGCUAGAGUUGGUGAAGCAGGGUGUGGAGAUCCUGUGCAGAAGGCAGAAGCGAUGGCAUUUCGCCGGGCUUGUGCCCGCUUUGGGUUGGGGCUCCAUCUUUAUCAUGAAGACAUGGACUAGUGUGCUGAUACCAGCAACUUGAGAUUACUGUGAGGUGGCUGUAGGCACCCUUCUACGUGCGUGAGUGGAUAUGGGCGGACAUUGAACUGAUGAUACUGAUAGUGCUCAAAAAGAGUAUGACAUGAAUUUUGAGAGAAAGGUCUUGGAAAUAAUUAUGAAGACUGAAAAGAAGUGGAGUGAACCAUUUAAAAAAAUAUGUGAAAAAAAAGAAAAAAAAACCAAACAUUGGAGGCAUAAUAAUUAUUAAAGUGUAUCUCAUGUCUAUAUAUUUGAAAAUUUAAUUUGGGCCGGAGCCAAUAAUAGCGAGUUCAAAUCUGCUACUGUACAGUACCUCCGCGGCCGA